AUGACUUCCUCUUCUAACUCUAACGAUUAUCAUCCCUCUAGGGCUUCUACAGUAACCCCAAGCCCAACGCCCUCGCGUUUGGUUUCAACACUGGCGUUGGCCCCUGCACGAACUCGGAUACGUAUGAUUGCUUCCCGUUCUAGUACCAUCGAAUCGGAUUCAGUAACAGAUUCUCCAGAUAUCAAAAAAACCAGCCCAGUUACUCUUAAGCGUCAGCUUUCCGAAGAUUCAAAGCCCGCCAAUUUCAAAAGGAUACAUGCAAGUCAUAAUCUUCGUGGUCCCACUAAAGACACUACGACAACUACAAUCACUACCACCACAACAAUAACUACUACUGCUAUCCCCGGUCAUCUCUUUAAGUUUGUAACUGCUCCCAAGUCACUUCUUGAAAUUUGGGAAGAAUACAAGUAUCCCAAACUGAAUGACCUUUCGAUUGAACAAAUGGACGAGGUUUAUGGCGAAAGCAAAUGGGUUCAAAAUGCACACUUAAAUCUUUAUCGGGGACGCGUACGGUUUUGCCGUAAAGUUAAAGGACUGUGCAGCAAACAUGGGCUCAUUCCCGAAGAAGUUGUAAAAUCACUGGAAAUUAACAGAUGCAUGAAGAGGUAUGGCAUUUCCAAUUAUAUACACCUAUCUUAUUAUCAAAAAGAUAAUAUUUUCACCUCGAUUCCUAAAAUUAAGUUGGCGCAUCAACCAACCACGGACUCUGAAGAUUUUUAUUCUAAAGAGCUUCCCAAAUUUAAAUUUAUGCAUUCACCUCGCUCAUUUUUAGAUAUUUGGAAUGAGUACAAGUACCCAGGUAUCAACAAGCUUUCUUUAGAAGAAAUGGUUAUUAAAUAUGGCAAAAGCUGGAUUCCUAAUGGAUUCCAUCCCACGUUUCACCAGCGUAUGCUAAUCAACAAUGCCAUUAAGACUGGGUUGAGCAAGCGAUAUACAUUAAACGAGUGCCUUGAUCUGUUUGAAGGUGAUUUACAGCGAUCUGGGUUACAAUUUUUUGCUUAUACAAGAAAAAAAAUGAUACCCCUCGAGUUAUUAGAUGAUAAUGGGCUUAAGGACGAUUUAGGACUGCGUUCAUCGAACAGCUCGGUGAUUUCUUCUCGGCCUUUAAAUAGUUCACCAUCUACUCGUUCAAAUGAAACAAUAUCAAACUCAUCCAUUCCUAAACCUAAUUUCCAGUUUCAAUAUGGCCCCAUGACUUUUAAAGAAAUUUGGGAUGAAUACAAAAUACCAAAUCAAGAUAAUUAUUCUAUUGAAAAACUAGAUUUAGAGCACGGUGAAGGAAAAUGGACUGGAAAUUUAUAUAAUACCUAUUAUCGUCGAAUUCGCCUAGUCAAAGUUAUUAAGGAAGGCAUUCAGAUAGGAUUGACAGUGGAUCAAUGUUGCGAUAGACUGGAAAAACAUAAGAAGUCUCUUAAACUAUCCAUGUGCAGCUUUUUAUCAGCUUCUAGCUAUCUAGACCGAUUCUCAUAUUUUAAUUUCCUUGUUGCUCCACAGAGUUUUGAAGAUAUUUGGAAGGAGUAUAAAUUUCCUGGACUAAACCUUAUAUCUCUCGAAAAGUACAUUGCAUUGAAGGGAGCAAUUUUUUUGGAAACUUUCAAUAAUGGGAUUCAUUAUUCUCGGUACUUGUUGUGUAAAGGGAUAGAAACUGGCUUAAAAAGAGGAUUUUCACUUCAAGAAUGUUUAGGUUUUUUGGAAAGAGAUCAAAGUGUACUCGGAAUCCCAAUAAUUCAGUACAUUGAAAAUGGAGUGUAUCCAGCUGAACUUGAUAUUAAUUCGCCAUUACCUGAACUAAACCCGCUUGAAUUCAAUUUUUUGAAUGGAAUGACAAGCUGGAAAAGUGUUUGGGACGAAUACAAAUCCCCCGUUUUAAACCAUUUAUCUAUUGAGCAGAUGGACCAAAAAUAUGGAGAUAGAAAAUGGGUCAGUGCUUCUAAAUUAAACACAUACUUAAGAAGAAAGAAAGUAAUUAAUUGUAUUAAAGAUGGGCUUAAUCAUGGGUAUUCUUUAAAAAAGUGCUUUGAAAUUUUGGAUCAAAAGCUAAAGGAGUCCGGAUUAGCGACAAUCUAUGCGUUUGCUUCAACAAAAGAUUUUCCUCAAAAAAUAGUCGAUGAAUCAUCGAUAUCAUCAGAAACUCUACCAUUGGCAUCUCCAGAAACUCAGCUUUCUGUUACCAACGGAGAAGAGUUAUAUUUCGCCAAUUUCGAUCCUAAUUCCUUUAAAAUUGUCUGUUCGCCAGCUUCAUUUUCAGAUAUCUGGAAAGAGUAUAAAGAGCCGGGAUUAAAUAUGUAUUCAAUUGAACAUGUUUGCAAAACUUUAGGCGACUCAUGGACCCAUAAAUCCAAGUCUAAGCAAACUUUACGAAAGCGCAUUCAAUUAUGUCGAGUCAUUGAAUCCAACCUUUUUCGGGGGUACAGUCUGGAGCAGUGCCUAAAUAUUUUGGAAGAGCAUCGGGUAAAGAGAAAACAGUCUCUUUCUCAUUAUCUAAACAAGCAAAGUUACCCAAGUGAGCUUGUUCAGGAUAUAUCACAAGGAACACGUAUAGCACCUGACUUGCAAGAUUUGGCAAGAGAGUUAGGGCAGCAAGAUUUAGGAGAGAAUCAAACGCCAGAAGAGAUGAGAAGGGCAGAUUCAGAAAUUUCAGACUCUUCCGUUAAAAAACAACUCUCAUUAAUGGUAUCGACAUCACCAUCUUCAAUUUCAAUUUCACCAUCUACUUCUUCUUCAACUCCUUCAGCAUCUUCAGCAUCUUCAACAUCAUCAACAUCUUCAGCAUCUUCAACAUCUUCAGCAUCUUCAACUUCUAUAUCUUUAUCUGAUUCUUCCAACCAUUCAUCAAACAACAAAGUUGACAAUCAUUUAAACCUUAAAGUUCACCCCAGAAAAACUAUUUCUCCACGUAGAGUUUAUUUAGGUCCAGUUCCCCCAUCAAUUUCCAAACCAUCAACAUUUUUAAAGAUUUGGGAGGAGUAUCAUCUCAAUGUUUCAACAAUUGGAAGAACAUUUGAAGAACUUGAUGAGUUAUAUGGAGAUACGUGGCGGGUUAAUUUGGAAUCUCCACGAAUACGACGUAUAGUUUGUUUUUCUAUUUUUAAUGGGCUUCAUAAUGGUUACACUUUGGAUGAGUGCUUGAGUAUGCUGGAGAAGCACAAGAGUAAUUCGAAACUAGCUAUGUACACAUAUCUUUCUUGGAGAAAAUUUCCUGAAGAAUUUAACGUUGGAGAGACGACCCCAGAAGUUUAUACCGGGCCUGAGUUUAAGCUGGAGCCAGAUCUGGAAUCGAUUGAGGAUCUUUGGGCGGAGUACAAGAUACCUAGGCUUAAUAAUUACUCAAUGCAGCAAAUGAUUGAGAUUUACGGCAACACUUUUGCGUCUGAUAGCAUUAAGCGGAUAUUUUUGUUGAGGUUACGGAUGUGUAGGGCGAUGGAUGUUGGGUUAUUCAAGGGGUACAGUUUGGAUCAGUGUUUUGGUUUUUUGAAGCGAGAGUUGAGACGAUUGAAUAUUAAGUUUUCAGACAUGUUAAAGCACAAAAAAUAUUUUCCUAAGGAACUGACGUCUGAAGGUCCUCCACAAGAGUAUAGGAUUCGAAAGGUUAGUGGGGGUCCAAUUGAAUUGCAGUUUUUGCCGCAGACGUUUAAAAAAGUGUGGGAAGAGUACAGGCGGCCUGGGGGGUGCUAUGAGCUAGACAUUGCACAAGGAUCGAAGUGGUGGAAAAAGACGCGGAUUGAGCACACAGUGGUGCUACGAAGACGAGUAUGGAUGGCAGUGCGCAGAGGUGUAUUUCAAGGGCUCAAUGUUGAUCAAUGCCUAACACUACUGGAACAGGCGCAGACUGAUUCGGGUCUUGCUCUUGCUGAGUUUUGUGCACGGGAUGUGUGGCCAGAGCUGUUAUCUUAA